GCGCAGUGGUGCUGACGCGGGAGGUCGGUGGCCGUGGGGCGCGAUGCCGUACGCCAACCAGCCCACCGUGCGCAUCACGGAGCUCACGGACGAGAACGUCAAGUUCAUCAUCGAGAACACGGACCUGGCGGUGGCCAAUUCUAUUCGAAGAGUCUUCAUCGCCGAGGUACCCAUAAUAGCCAUCGACUGGGUUCAGAUUGAUGCCAAUUCUUCUGUCCUUCAUGAUGAGUUCAUUGCUCACAGGCUUGGACUAAUUCCACUCACCAGUGAUGACAUCGUGGACAAGCUGCAAUACUCUCGGGACUGUACAUGUGAGGAGUUCUGCCCCGAGUGCUCAGUGGAGUUCACUCUGGAUGUCCGGUGUAAUGAAGACCAGACACGUCACGUCACAUCCCGAGACCUCAUCUCCAACAGCCCCCGGGUCAUUCCGGUGACAUCCCGGAACCGCGAUAACGACCCCAAUGACUACGUGGAGCAGGAUGACAUCCUCAUUGUCAAGCUGAGGAAGGGCCAGGAGCUGAGACUUCGAGCCUAUGCCAAAAAAGGCUUCGGCAAGGAACAUGCCAAGUGGAACCCCACGGCAGGGGUGGCUUUUGAAUAUGAUCCAGACAAUGCCCUGAGGCACACAGUUUACCCCAAGCCUGAGGAAUGGCCAAAGAGUGAGUACUCGGAGCUGGAUGAGGAUGAGUCACAGGCUCCCUAUGACCCCAACGGCAAGCCUGAGAGGUUUUACUACAACGUGGAGUCCUGUGGCUCUCUGCGCCCUGAAACCAUUGUCCUCUCAGCCCUCUCUGGAUUGAAGAAGAAGCUGAGUGAUUUACAGACUCAAUUAAGCCAUGAGAUCCAGAGUGACGUACUUACUAUAAAUUAGCAGCAGCUCACCUGUGUCAGCAAAGGCGGAGUUUGAGGCAGACCACGGCUGGAUUUCAGGUCUCUCCUGAGCCCCUGUAGUUUCUGGGCUCUGGACUGCUUGUUACUGCUCAAACUCUGGGCAGUCAUCAGUACCAGCAAGAAUCAGGUUACAGGUAGAAUACCUGGAUACUUUUUUUGGUGGUUGUUUUUGGUUGUUUUUUGAGGCAUGUUCUUACCCCGUAGGCUAUACUGGUCUCAAACACAUGACCACAGGUUUGCACCACCACACCUGGCUAGGCAGACAGCUUUCUACUUUUGCAUUUGCCUAGCCCUGCUAAGGAUUGCCAGUAGAGCUCUUCAUAACCCAGCACAUCCCUUGCAUCCAUCCCUUCCAUCCAGUUUCCUAGUAACACCACUAGGGGGACAUGCUGCUUCUCUGUGGAGACCACUGAGCUGGACUUCUCUCAUGAUCAUUCCAGCUCUUUGAUUCCAAAUGAAGGAAUUUUCACAGCUGUACCCUAGUUUCCUGGUGUUAGGAUCAGAGCCAGUGCCAGCAUAUUCACUCAGUCCUUUCCCCAAGGGACUUCAGAUUCCUGGGUGUCUGUAAUUUGAGAAGUAACCCUUUGGGAAUAGCUUUAGACAUCCCCUCUUCCCCCAAAUAGGUAUGCUGGGUUUUUUGUGUUUUUUUUUUCUUCUGCCAGCAGUCUGACCACUUGGCUUGGGGUGUUUGGUCGGGGGAAGCAAGAGCGAAGGCCACCCCCCACAUAUCCCAUCAGCAAAGGCUCCGGGAACAGCACAUGGGUAGCAGUACACUGGGCAGCCUGGAGAAACCUCUGAGACUGGUGCAGAGGAAGGGAUACUUAUUGAUUAGCAAUAGUUUCUUUUUCAAAGUUUUUAUUUUUGGCAAUAAAGAGCACAACAUAAUCUC